AUGUCUAAUUCUAUCAGUUAUAUCCUAGUUUUCCUCAUCAAUUCCUUGCUGUUCCCCUUCAGAUUCAUAGCCUCGCAUGUUCUCAGUAAAAUUGGUCUUGUUAGAGAAGAUGAUUUCAGUGUAUCGGAAUUGAAUGAACCGAUUUCUGUUAACAAAGUUGAAGAGAAAGAUGGAAGCUUCUGCUUGAAGUUCCUGUAUCAGAUUUGUAAUGAUUAUAAAGAUAGUCCAGUCAAAGCAAUGGAAGAGAAUGAAUCUUUACUGACUUCUUCAGAUGUCCGCAAAUAUCAAUUCUGGGCGGAGAAGGAUUUUAAUGGCGCCAUGGAAGAGUCAAAAGCUCCGAACUUUCAUGUUCAGGAAUCUUUCAUGGAAUAUUAUAACUUCGAUGGUGAUAGUUUCUUGUCUGCUGUCCAAUUUCAGAAGAAACAGUUCUCUGACGAGGAGAAUUUCGAUUAUGUUUGUUCUGAAAUCAGUUCAGUUGGUGAAAGAGAGUUUGGGCUGGAGUUCUCUGCUCUAGAUUCUUAUACUGAAUCAUCAAGCGAGGAAGGACAUACAGUAAGUGAUCUCACCAUUGAUUCAAAUUUGUUUAGCCCUUUCUCAGAUGGUUAUUUUGGUGAUUCUGAAAACGAUGAAGGAAUCAGAGAAACUUCAGUAAAUAACAGAAAUAAACUUGCAGAAGAGAAACAUGAAUUGUUCUUAAAAAGAAGUGAAGGAGAAGAAGAAAAUGAUGAUGACAGACAAGUUGGUAAACAGAAGCAUGUUGUUAACGCUGAGAAGAACAUCAACAAGAAAACUUGUUUAAAUGAAACUACUGCAAAAGUGGAAAUCCAAUCAAAUAAACGAGAAGCCAGACAGAUGCAUGUCCAAUUUGAAGAACAAAUUAAAAAUAAAGAAGCUUCUUUUAUUAAGAAAGGCAAUGCAAGCUUAGAUAUUUCUGGAGGAGCUUUCUCAGAACCCAAGCCUGAGACUUCAAACAGAGAUGAAGUGAGAAAUAUAGAAGAGGAUGUAUCAAAUAAUGAUUCAAGUAAUUCGAUCGAUGUUUCUUAUGAACAACAACAUACCAUUGAUAAUCAAGAUACCGGACGACAAAAGCCAGCACUAGAAGAGGAAAAAGGCAUAGAAACCAUCAUUUUGGAUUUGGAUGACGAUGAAUUCAAUGAAAUAUGGAAGCACCAAGAUCUUAUCCUGCAACUUCAAAUGGAACUCAAGAAAGUUAGAGCUAUUGGUCUUCCUACCAUAUUGGAAGAGUCUGAAAGUCCAAGGGCUAAUGAGGAUUCAAAAUCAUUUAAGAUUGAUGAGAAGUUAUUUCACGAGGGCCCUGUGGAUGAUGAGCUCCACAAGCUGUACAGGUGCUAUAGGGAGGGGAUGAGGAAGUUAGAUAUUUUGAAUUAUCAGAAAAUAUAUGCUACAGGCUUUCUUCAACAGAAGGAUCCUCUUAAAUCAAAUAAAACUCAGAAGCCUAUGCUCUCAACAAUCAUGUCUCAUCUGUCCCAAAGCUUCUUACCUUUCAGCAAGAAGAAAUCAAACUGUGAUACAUCAGAGAAGUAUAUUAAGGAGCUGCGAUGCGAUCUAGAAACAGUUUAUGUAGGACAGAUUUGUCUCUCCUGGGAAUUCCUUAGGUGGCAGUAUGAAAAGCUUCAUAAGCUAACAUAUUCUGAUCCUUUCAUAAGCCAUCAGUACAAUAAAGUAGCAGCAGAAUUCCAACAAUUUAUAGUUACAUUACAAAGAUUUGUAGAGAAUGAAAUGUUUCAAGGACCAAGGCUUGCAAAUUAUGUCAAACAACGAUGUCUUCUUCGAAAUCUUUUGCAGUUGCCAGUCUUCAAAGAGGACAGCCUGAAGGAUAAAUUGGAGAAGGGGAAAGAAGAGGAUGUGAUCAAUAGCGAAAUGCUAGAAGAUAUUAUGCAAGAAGCAAUGGGAGUUUUUGGGGAAUUUGUGAAGGCUGAGAAGUAUGAAACCACAAGAUUCUUAAAAGGUUUAUUUGAGAAUCAUGUGGAGCUUCAGGUUCCAUCAGACUAUGAGCUCAUGGUUGAUAUACAAGCAUGUUUGAAGAAUAAGAAGAAGAAAUUGAAGAACCUUAUGAACGCAAGUAAUUGUAUAGUUAAGAUGCUAAAAAGGAGACAAGAAGGUAGAUCAAACCAAGACCUCUUCUUCACUGAAGUAGACUUGCAAAUAGUUUCAAGAGUCUUAAAAAUGUCAAGGAUAACAAGUGAUCAGCUAAUUUGGUGUCAGAAGAAGUUGAACAAGAUAACAUUUUCAGGCAAAAAAGUUCACAGGGAGUCCUCAUUUUUACAGUUCCCCUGUUAGAUUGCAAGGAGAUGAACAUCUUUUUUGCAUGUUUGGUUUUU